AUGGACGACACACUUGCUGUGAAGCAGAGAUACUGCUACAAAGGCCAUGUUCCCGGCGUGGCCUUCUCCUUUGGCUCCACCUAUGGCACCACCACUCUCAAGUACUUCCAGGACCACCGCAAUGCAGCCAUGGAGGGCCAGGGUCCCUUUCGCAGAGGCGGCCACUUCCCGACCAUCUUCUCCCCAAACCCCAACCUCAUGAGGAGCAACUGGGGCCGCUGGCUGUCCAGGCCCAGCUACACCCGUUUCAAUCUGGACAGCGACCGCUCCACUGAACUCACCCGCUUCUAUCAGCUGGCACAGCAGCAUCGAGAGUACUAUCGAGACAAGACAGGCCUGGUGCCCCAGGUCCCCUACUUUGUGCUGCCUGUGAAGGAGUGGGAGCGGUACCCCAUCCCCACCGACCUGCCUCCUCUGAGCCCGAAGAACAAGUGGCACCUUUUCAGAAUAUCCCCCAAGAACCUGAGGACCUACCAGAUGUUCCCGUCGGGGAAGAGGGUCCCCUCGCAGGAGCGGCAGAGGAGAGAUUCCUACUUUGAGUUCAGAGCAUGAUGCCUAAGAGCCGUGGCCUUAACCAGGUUGGCCUUUUGGAAUAAAACCUUUAGCCAUGACUAUCCCACACUCCU